AUGCUGACGCUGCAGAGAGUAUUGAGGACACGGGACGUGGUCUUCCUGCCGUCAGAGCACAGCAUGGAGGAGGUUUACCCAGAGAGACAGAGACUACGUGAGAUUGCUACUGUUCUCAACAUCCUGGAAAAUCUAGAGGAACCAGAGCAACUUAUAGGGGAGUCACACGUCAGUGAAAUCAUUCCUAGUCAAGAAAACGUCAACGAGACAGAGGAUGCCCAUGAGGCAGAGAGCGUUGACGAAGCAGAGAGUCAGCUAAUGAAUGAGAUGGCUGGUCAUCGAGAGUCACAGAAGGAAGUGACAGAGAGUACAGAAUGGCUACCGACGCCUGAGGACACACCCGAGCCGAGUUAUCUGCUGGAUGGCAACAGAGAGAUAGUUGAGAGUAGUCAGGAGAGUGGCAGCAUGCCACGAGGCUGGCAGACUCUUAUGCCUGAGGCAGAGGCUCCGGAUCGACGAUCGAAUAACGCUCCAAGGAGAGAAGAUAUCAGCAGCCAGAUUGACGAGGCAAACGUGCUGACGUCAAGGAGACAGAGACGCCCGCUGGGAUCGUACUACACAGCAUUUGCACUAGCUGUCAAUCCGUCAGAAUCUCAGAAACUUAUGGGCGAAGCGCCACGCACAAGGCUGCACAGAGACAGGCUCCCAGCACCCCCACAACAGUGGAGAGACCUAGAGAAGCACCUGCACGGACAGGAGUUCAGAGAGGCAGCUUAUGCUGAGUUUGCUAGCUGUUAA